GAAGUUGCCCCUGAGCAUGUGGGCAGACUUCCAUUCAAUCGCAGGCACAGAUGAGGUCAGAGUCUGACAGACUGUGGGUUAUGAAGGGACACAACCACAGGAAGGUUAUCACCGCAGUCAAAUGUCAUGGAAAUUCCCUGUGCGCAGGCUUGGCUUUUCAUUCAUCAAUGCUCAGCAGCACGAGGAGGAAAGCAUUGUUCUGCAACGGUGAAAGGGAGCUCUUUGGCAGUAGAAGUUUAUAAGAUAGGGACACCUGCUGUGGCUCCCUUGAUCUUCAGAUGAUGGGAACGGGGCCUGAGAACAGAAACAGACAUUGCCAGGAUAUGUGAGGGCAGCCAAGUCCGCUGGGUUCUGAAAGCCUUCCGGUUGCCUAAUGGGCAAAGCCUUUGUUUGGCAAUUAAGGUGGUGAUAUCCACCUUAAUUUGAGGAAUAUCAGAAGCUGCCUUUACAAUGGUACCUCGGGUUACAGACGCUUCAGGUUACAGAAAUGAAAAGAACAGUUUCAGGUUAAGAACGGACCUCCAGAACAAAUUAAAUUCUUAAACCGAAGUAGAUAAAUAGUAGAUAAAUAGGUACCAGUGUGGUGGGAAGGUAAACGGUGUUUCCGUGCGCUCUGGCCUCCGUCACUGUGUUCCGUUGUACCAGAAGCGGCUUAGAUGUGCUGGCCACAUGACCCAGAAAGCUGUCUGUGGACAAACGAUACGAUACAAUAUCUUUAUUGUCACUGUCCCAUGUAGAACAAUGAAAUUGAAAAACUACAUAAAAACUACAUAAAACUACUACAAAACUACAUAAAACAUUCAAAAACCCCAUUUUAAAAUGCACUAUAUUAUAGAGACCCCUUAUGCUGUGUUUAGAACCAGAAUUGCAUUUGCGUAGAAACUGUUUCUCAGGCGGCUAGUCCUGGCCUUUAUAACCCUAUACCUUCUUCCAGAAGGCAGAAGCUGAAAGAGAUCAUUUCCGGGGUGCGUACUAUCCUGUGCUAUCUCUGCCGCUUUCUUAUGGCACCUGGCAGCAUAGAUUUGAUCUAAGGUGGGAAGAGUGCACCCAAUUAUUCUCUCUGCAGUCUUUACAACCCUGGAUAGCAUUGUUUUUUCCCUGGCCGUGCAGCUCCCAAACCACACACAGAGACCAUAAGUUAAUAUGCUCUCCACAGUGCAAUGGUAAAAUCUCAUCAACAGGUCCUUUGGGAGAUUGUUUUUCCGGAGGAUUCUCAGAAAAUAUAACCUCUGCUGUGCUCUCCUCAUCAGGUCUUUGCUGUUCUCUCCCCAGGUUAGGUCGUCUCUCAACUCCAUUCCCAGAAAUCGAAACACCGAGACCUGUUCCACGCACUUCCUCUCAAUAAUAAGUGGCUGAAUAUUCAAUUUACAUUUCCUAAAGUCCACAAUGAUCUCUUUUGUUUUCUUUAUGUUAAGGAGUAAGUUGUUUUUCCUGCACCACUCCCCCAACUGCUCAACUUCCGUCCUAUAGGCCACCUCCCCCUCUCCAGCCGUGAUUAAACCAACCACAGUUGUAUCAUCUGCGAACUUAAUCAUCUUAUUACUGGGGUAUUUGGGGGCACAGUCAGCUGUAUAGAGAGUAUAUAAAAGCGGGCUCAACACGCACCCCUGCGGCAUCCCUGUAUUCGUGAUGAGAUUCGCAGAGACGUGGGAACCCAGCCUGACCCUUUGGGAACGGUUUGAUAGAAAAUCUAAUAUCCACCUGCACAAACAUGGUGGAAGUCCCAGGUCUAAUAAUUUGGGCACCAAUCUAUGCGGAAGAAUAGUAUUAAAUGCAGAACUAAAGUCUACAAAUAACAGUCUCGCAUAGUUCCCUUGCUUCUCCAAAUGAGUCAGGACAGCAUGUAAAGCCAUUGCCACAGCAUUCUCUGUGGAUCUCUUUGCCAACUCCCUCGGCCUGAAAGCAAGAUGAGUGCCACAACCCCAUAGUCGCCUUUGAUUGGAUUUAAGCAUCCAGAGGUCUUUUACACUUUACCUUUCCUGUUAUCUACACUCAUCUUCUCACUCUUCUUAUAGUGAAUCUUUCUAAAUUUGCAUAUAAAUGGAUGGUAAAUGAUAGAUAAUCAGAUGGUCUUUUAAAAAAAACGCAAAGUUGCAUACUGUGGAGGGGUGACCCAUGCCUUUUGGGGUGAUGCCUAACUGGCCAGCAAUCCUAGGCAUCUAUCUAUUCAGGAGGGUUGUAUUCCCAGGUAAGAGGAUUGCAUAAAGGUAAACGUAAAGGGACCCCUGACCAUUAGGUCCAGUCGUGGACGACUCUGGGGUUGUGGCGCUCAUCACGCUUUAUUGGCCGAGGAAGCCGGCGUACCGCUUCCGGGUCAUGUGGCCAGCAUGACUAAGCCGCUUUUGGUGAAACCAGAGCAGCGCACGGAAAUGCCGUUUACUUUCCCACCUAUUUAUCUACUUGCACUUUGACGUGCUUUCGAACUGCUAGGUUGGCAGGAGCUGGGACUGCACAACGGGAGCUCACCCUGUCGCAGGGAUUUGAUCCGCCGACUUUCUGAUCGGCAAGCCCUAGGCUCUGUGGUUUAGACCACAGAGCCACAACCAUGUGCAAAAGGUACAUUAGGAUUGCAGACCUUUGGGGGGCGGGGGAAGGAGGCGGUUACACACAGCAUGGUCUAUCACUUAUUUCCAAGUCUGAGAACUGCCUGAUCCAUUUUUCCUGCAAUCUUUCCCAUCCCAGGUCUUGAGAAGCCCUCUCUAUUUUCUUUUUCUUAAUUAAAAGCUGAUCUGGAUUAGAGGGAAGGACAGGCCACCAAACAAGAGAAGUGGCAGCAGGGGCAUUUGCCACCUUGUCCGCAGUGUCCUUCGUUUCCACCUCCACACCCUGUGGAACGAGUCUGGCGGCCAGCAAGUUCAACAAGGUAUGCGCUGUCUGCAACGGCUGUGAGAUGACAGUCCGGAGCAAUGGGGCUCCAUAGGAAGAGAGGGGAGAAAACCCACAAUAAUUUCCAAUAGGCGCCAUGAACAUCUCAUGCCACCCUUUGCCUGUCAACAUCACCAAGUACUUUCAAAUCCCCAUCUAUUCGGUGGUGGUGGUGGUCGGGCUGCCUCUGAACAGCUUGGCGCUUUGGGCCCUGAGUCACCAAAUGAAGAGGUCUGUCAUCCUCUCUGUUUACAUUGCAAACCUGGUGUUAGCCAACAUCUUGCAGACCCUGACGCUCCCUUUAUGGAUGUACUACAGUUACCACGAUCACAAAACCAGCCUUGGGAAGGAGGUGUGCGCGGUGGCCGGCCUGGCGUUCCGCACCAACUUCUACGCCAAAAACAACUUCUUGUGCCUCAUCGCCAUGGAGCGCUAUUUCGGCCUGGUCCACCCGCUCAGAUUCCACAGGCUGCAGACCAUGCGAGGCGCUGCCAAAGUGAGCGCCGUUUGUUGGCUCCUGGUGGCAGCUUUCUGCGCGGUCGGCAUCGGGAUACAGAUCAGAGGUGAGUGGCCAGAGGAGCAGCCGCAGGAGCGCUGCCUGGAUGGAUCCAGGCUGAACUAUCAAUACGCCGAGUUCAGGGUGAGCAUCACGGUCUUCUCUUUCUUUAUACCGUUCCUGCUCAUGGGGUUCUUCUACUUCCGGGUCCUGUACGAACUCAGGAAAGUGGCCUCUCUGGAGCAGAAAACGAAAAGGCAGAUCUACGGCUUCAUCUCUCUCACGGUCAUCACCUUUUUCGUCCUCUUCACUCCUCACCAGGUGACUUCGUAUUACAGGUAUUUCUGGGAAGUGAUGCUCCACGGGAAGGCAGUUGAAAGCUGCGACUUGGUGAGGAAGAUCUUCAUCUACCAACGUACAACUUUGUUCUUUACCACCUUGGGUAACAUCUUUGAUCCUCUUCUGUACAUCCUGCUCCUCAAGGAUAUUCGGGCAGAGUUCAGAUACACCUUCACUUUCAAGGCUUGCAGGGCAGGAGUCUCAAACAAGUCAGAACAGCAAGGUUUUCCUCCGUGCUUUACCACCGGGAGACAGAUGCAAGACCAGCUUGGGGCACAGGACAUACCCGGCUAACGCUCCACAUGCAAAGUGUUAAGUUGUGGGUAAACAUAUCAGACGACACAGCAAUUCUUCAAACAGCUCUUGUUUAUUCACAGGCCAGGACAGAACUGCACUGAAGGGCUCAGUCAGCCUGCUUAUAUAGAGCUCCAGGACCACGUUACUGUAACAACUUUCUAAAACUAUCCAAUCACUGAACGUCACUUUCGAUCCUUCAUUUGCAUAACUAUCUACAGUAUCCCCCUGCUGGCCCAGGGUGAGAACUUCAGUACAUAACACAAAGUAUGAUGGUUGAAAGCAGGAGCGAGAAACCUGUGUCACUCUCCAAAGGCUGCUGAACCACAGCUCCCAUCAGCUGCAGCCAUAUGGGCCGACACUCAGGAAUGAGGGGAGUUGGAGCCCAACAAUAUAUGGAAAAUAGGAUUGGGCGAUAUCUGGUUUUCAACAUUUUGAUAUAUCACCAAUUAGACACUGUGAUAUACCAACAUAUCACAGCCUGAAAUAAGGAUGGAGCUAUGUAGAGGCAACACAGAUUUUCCUGCAUUGUGAUUCCACCCCCUUCUCUUGUGAUUUGCUGCCCCCUUGCAUGAGGGAGACCUGAGCCAGCAGAGUUAACAGGGGCUGCAGGAAUUAAGAGAAGCAUUGGCUGGCUUCAUAGUUUUUCCCACAUUGCAAUUUUUGCAUAGCGUGCACACACACACACACACACACACAUUAUGAUUCACAAUAUAUUGCCAGGUCAAUAAUUAUGAAGCUGAUAUCACAAUUAUGGACUUCAAAUGGUUUCGGAUGAUUAUAUAUUGAUAUAUCGCCCAGCCCUAUUGGAGGGCUGUAGCCAAAUUUGCCAUCUGUGGUUGAAAGCACUCUUGUCCCCAGAUUUCCCAAACACUUUGAUUGAUUUCUGAUAACUUGGUAUGAUCAAAGCUUUGACCUUUGCUGGAGAAAUGUAGGUCCUGACUCCAUUGUGGGUACUUCUAAAUAACAUAGCUAUCAUUCUGCGGCAAUGUGAUUUGUCAUUUCACUGACUGUUUUAUGCAGGGAUUUGUGAUUGAAUCUGAUGGUGUUUUAGGGUUUGUAUACCAAAAGCUCCCCAGCCUCCUC